UUAAAUUCGUACCAUAGGAACGAAACCAAUUCUUGAAUAUAACGUAAAGUAGUACGAACAAUUCAAACAGGGAUUCAAUCAAAACGUGGCAUCCCCACAACUACGCAAAAUGGUAUGGCCCAAUCGUUGGAGCUUGACUGUGGUUGAAGAAGUUGCAACACGCAAUGGGGAGGGGGAUAAAGUAGCGCUCUCCCUACUUCUGUCAUGAUCUUAUUCGGAUAAAAAAAGAAGAUUAUGUGUCCGAACAGGCAUUGAGAGGACCUACGACUACAUUUGAACCCCUUCGCCUCGUAUAGCAUAAUGAUGCAGUAUGGAUGAACUGCCCUGGAACAGAUAAAGAGUGAAGCAAGAGAAGAAUAAGGGAGUAAAACAUAGAGAAAGCACUUAUCAGCAACAUACACAAGACAUCAUGUCCACCUCGAUAAAGCAGGAGAGAACCAUUUGUGUUCUCCUCCCCAACAAAGACCAGCUGGACAUCACUGUUGGGCCAAAGUCUACAGGGCAGGAUGUUUAUAAUCGAGUGGCAGAGCUUCUUGGAAUCAAAGAGCUGCACUUCUUUGGCCUCACAGUGGUGAGAGACAAUGAACACAUAUUUCUAGACAUGGAGGAGAAACUGACUAAGUACUUUCCAAAGGAAUGGAAGCAAGAUUCGGGAAAGGGAUUACCGAAGAGACCCUUGCCUUUCCCGCUCUGCCUCAAAGUGCAGUACUACAUAGAAAAUGGUAGACUCAUUUGUGAACGUAAGGCACGGCAUCUAUACUACUCUGACUUAAGAGAGCGGGUGCUUCGUUCUGAAUGUCGUCAGCAGGAGGAGGUGUACUUCCAGCUGGCAGGUUACGCCUUGCAGGCUGACCUCGGUGACCACCCGCUGCCCAGGGAGGAUAUGGAGGCCACUCCUUAUUUUGAACCCAAGGAGUACUUUCCCCCAUGGAUCGUAGCUAAGCGUGGUGUAAAGUAUCUCCUCUGCCAUGGGCCCAAAGUGCACCAGGAGCUGUGGGGCAUGUCUGCUCGUGACGCUGUGCUGCUAUUCAUCAGGGAGUCAUCUCGUCUGGAGGAUGUACCUGUCACAUAUUACAGACUGCAAAAGGACAAAAAGGCGGAGAGAGGAACGGCCCUGCUCGGCCUGACCCUGCGAGGAAUGCAGGUUUAUCAGGAGGUGAACAACAUACGACAGAUGCUAUACGACUUCCCCUGGUCAAACGUGGGACGUCUCACCUUCCUGGGUAAGAAAUUCGAGAUCCAGCCAGAUGGUUUGCCAUCAGCCAGGAAGCUGGUUUACUACACCGGGUCCUCGUUCCGCUCCCGCCACCUCCUCCUGCACCUGAGCAGCAGCCACCGCCUCUACCUCAGCCUCCAGCCUGCCCUCAAACACCUACGCCAGCUGGAAGAGAGUGAAGAUAAAAAGCGUUACAGAGAGUCAUACAUCAGUGAUGACCUGGACAUGGACCCCCAAGGCAGUGAGAGCAGCCCCGGUCUGUCCCGACACUCCACCAGCAGCUCUGGAAUCGAAGCUGACGCCCGCCAGCACAGCAUCUCCACAGAGAUGGCCUCCAUGGAGGAGGAAGGUCAGCGGCAUGCAGAGAAGUGUUUCAGCCUAGCAGCGAGCCGCGGCAGCUCCUGUACCUCUGGCUUUGACACAGGAAGUAAGGCUCGGAUGGAAGACGAGGGGUGGCAAGAGGAAGAAAUAAAGACCAGUAUUGGAAGUCCAAAGGAGAUUCUCGUGGAUGAUCCUGAUGAGAUGUUCCAGUUGGCCGAUCUUCUCGAAGGCGUGUCGGUGGAUUGUUCAGAACUCUCCUCAGCGAGUCGCUUACCAGAAAACAAAGAGUGCCCCUCCCACAGUGAUGAAGAUCUUGGGACAUUACGCAGCAAGGAAAUGUUAAAACAGACCCUGACAUCUAGAUCACAAGUUUGCGUGGAUCGGCACAGCCACAGUCUAGAUGAUGUACGUCUGUUCCCGCCUCCGGCACCCCUGGGGACGACACUGCCACCUGAUUCCUCCCACAGCUAUACCUUUGGCCUUCCCGAUGCUUCAACAAACACAAAGACCCCUGUUGAUGACAGUUAUUACCCCCUUUCGCACUGCCAAGCCAAACCUUCCUUCUAUGGCCGCAGGUCUACCAACUGCCUCUCCCUGGACAUGUUAGGUGAUGAACAGUUCCUGGAGUUCAUACUUUGAGUACGUCAAGCCCUGAUGUGCACAAAUAGGCCUGUUCUCUUCCUUCAUUUACAGUGCGACUUAGCUGGAACACACGAAUGUCUCAGUGUUUUCUUCCUUAUGUGGUGAUGAUGAUGAUGACAACGUGGGAUGUGUGCGUUUCAAAUUGCAGAGACUUUUAAAAAUGAUGUGAGCCUGUGAGCAUUUCUCUCAGAAAAGCUGUGGAUUAGAGAACAGAGAUCUAAUUCAGCGACAUUUCAAUCAGUAAACAGAGCAUAUUUAUUAAUGUUGUAUAUUGUGUAUAUACUACUUGCACUAUUUUAUUACAUUUCUACUCUUCUGAGCAAAAACGUUUCUAAUCAAUUUUAGUGUCUUUUAUAAAGUUCACACUGUUUAAAUGUUUCUGAAAUGUCUGAAUAGGUUAAUGAUGGAUAUGGACGUUUUAAGGCCAUGCAGUCGUGUGCUGUAUUGGACAUUCAUAAGACGGGACUUGCUUCCAUUAGCCUAUUUGCUAAUGUAAACUUUUUCCUUGUUUUAUUUAGGAGGAUCUCCAAAAGCCAUGGUGCUAAUGUUUGUGCUCCCGUAUUCCUUUGUGGGGUUUUUUAAUUGUAUUUUAUAAUAUACUCUAUUUUUGUACGGUGUGCUCUGUCAUGCUUUUCCUAUUAGUCUACCACAGCAAUGUAGCUGCCGAUGUGGAAAACCUCUUUACAGCUGGAAAUGCAUUCAUCCAAAGCUUCCCUCAUUCUCUCCCGCCGCUGCCGUAAUUACAACAGAAAAGUAUUCUUGGUAAAGCGCUAUUUCUGUAACCAGCAAGUGUAUAAUGAAUCUGCAGUAUUUUUGUAUUAUGUAACCCCCCAAACAAAGAGCCUUUCUGUCGACUUUUUUCACUGUUUGGUCAAUGAUAAUUGGUAUGCACAAAAACCUGAUGUCUUUAGCCAAUAGGAACUCACUUGGAAAGAAGUCAUUUAACACAAAAAAAAAACAUUUUCUCAAUGCCAUGAGUUGUCAGUGUUAAUUCACAAACCUGAACAAUUCUCUUUUUUUUUUAUCUGAAGCAAUUUUUUAUAAUAGUGAAAAUAAAUUCUUAAUGACACUAAAUCAAGCCAGGUGUUUGUUUUUUUUUUGUUUUUACUUGUUUGUACUGUUGCUAUAUGAGACUAAAUAUUGGCUUAAACUUUGGAUAUUGUAAUAUUGUGUUGUCUUUUUCUGGUUUUAAAGGCUGCACUACAGUAAAAUUUUAUUUUCUGAAUGUAA